AUGGCCAAGCUGGUGAAGAUCUCCGCCGAGCAGCUUAACAACAACACCAACAGUCCAGCCCUCUCCUGCGAGUAUUGUCCUAACCUCGUUUUUAAAAAAACUGCUGAUUUUGUCAAGUGCACCGAAGCGGAAUUAAAAAAUUUGACAGAAUUUAGAAAAAUAUUCAGAGUAUUGUUGAUUAGCUUGAGCAUGAGUAAAAAAAUUUUAGAAUAUUUGAGAUUCUUGAUGUGUAAAUUUAGUACGAACAUCAAAUUGUGA